CACGUUUUAAUAUUUAUCCAUUUGAAAACGUAAGAAAUUAAACGAAUCAAAGCGAUGCUAAAUUUUAGCACCACUGACAGUUACAACAACAGCAAGAGGUAAAGAACAGCUUAUGGGCGGUCUUUGGAAAAACAAAGGGUUGUGGACAAUAAUGAAAAGAGCAUAGGGAAUUAAAACAAGCAUCUUCUGAUAAUAAGAAAUAAAAUGUGUUUAUUUUAUGGUCUUGAUAAAGUGCACGUGGAGAAUUCCCCCUCUUGCUAGCAGCCACUCGCUUUAGAGCAACAGAUGCAUCAAUUAGAUGUUAUUAAUAUUACUUCCAGUGUAGGAAUCAGUCACUGUACAGUAAAAAUGUAAUAUUUACCAUCUACUCUGGAAGGAGAGAUGUAAAGAACGACUUGAGAAAGUUUUACAGUUCAGGAGAAUGGAAAAUCAUCUGCAGCAGUGUCUCCCCAGACAAUGAUGACUCAGAUUUUCACCAAUCAAACUGGAUCAAAAUGAAAACAAAACUGAAUUAUAAAUUGUCAGGGUAUUGGUUAUAAUUGUUAAUAACAACUGGCUGUUUGAAGUUCUGAUGCCACGUACUUUAUUAAGAAUAAAUAUUUCUGUAAAGCAGCAAUAGGGAACCAUGUCUGCAUUGUGCACGCAGAGCAACACAGUACAAGCUGCUGUGCUAUAAAAAGUCAUCUCCUUCUGGGGCAGAAAAAGUCCUUCAAGAGACUUUAAUCUGCUUCUCGCCUUGUUGCAUAAUGCACUAAUUUAAUUUAGUUUAAUUAUUUUUAAAGGGGUAAAGGAUUUUGGACAAAGAAGCUAAUUUCUAAUCCAUAUUCAGUGCUCAAGAUGAGCCUGUGUUACUUCCUCCUCUUUGAAAUCAAUUUGCGAUGAAAAUAUCGAUUCAAAUCCCUAGUUUUCAGUUCAGAUUAAGAGAAGACCCUUUAAAGAAUAAUAAUUAAUUACUUUAGAGAUUUAGUUGCCCACGACGCAGAUUUUAUUUGGAAGGAAAAACAAAAGUUUCUGUCUCCCGAGGUCUGUCCAGGUCCAGGACUCAGGGUUUAUCGGCUCUUUUUUAACUCACCCUUUGCCUCUUCGAAGGGAAACUUUGCCCAGGGGAACAACAGUCUCUCUCUUCCACGCCGCUGCGAGCUGGGGCGAUUCGGUGGCAGAAAUUCUCGAAAAAACACGCUUUUUUGACUCCUAAGAAACACAAAGUGAGCGGGGAGAAGGGACCUUUCUGCCGUGCAGCGGGGCGGGCUCUGCAACGCACCAAUCACCGCGCGGCUCCUCUCUAUAAAUACGAGGCCACCGACUUGCUCCAGGCCCAGUGGUUUCCCCUGAUUCGUGGACGACGGCUGCCACCAUGUCGGAGACCGCGCCUGUUGCCGCUCCCGCUGUCUCCGCUCCCGCGGCGAAAGCCACCGGCAAGAAGCCGAAGAAGGCGGCGGGCGGCUCCAGGGCGCGCAGGCCCGCGGGCCCCAGCGUCACCGAGCUGAUCACCAAGGCCGUGGCCGCCUCCAAGGAGCGCAAGGGGCUCUCCCUCGCCGCGCUCAAGAAGGCGCUGGCCGCCGGCGGCUACGACGUGGAGAAGAACAACAGCCGCAUCAAGCUGGGGCUCAAGAGCCUCGUCGGCAAGGGCACCCUGGUGCAGACCAAGGGCACCGGCGCCUCCGGGUCUUUCAAGCUGAACAAGAAGCCGGGCGAAACCAAAGAGAGGACAACUAAGAAGAAGCCAGCGGCCAAGCCCAAGAAGCCGGCGGCCAAGAAGCCCGCCAGCGCUGCCAAAAAGCCUAAGAAGGCGGCGGCAGUCAAGAAGAGCCCUAAGAAAGCCAAGAAGCCGGCAGCUGCUGCCACUAAGAAGGCUGCCAAGAGCCCCAAGAAGGCCGCCAAGGCUGGCCGCCCCAAGAAGGCGGCGAAGAGCCCGGCCAAGGCGAAGGCGGUGAAGCCCAAAGCUGCCAAGCCCAAGGCAGCCAAGCCUAAGGCAGCCAAAGCUAAGAAGGCAGCGCCCAAAAAGAAGUAAAACGACUGAGAAGAAAUUAGUCUACUCAUUUAAAUAAACCCAAAGGCUCUUUUAAGAGCCACCCA